AGUGGAUGUUUGUAAAUUCCAUGGUUGAACCCAAAAGGAAGUUUAGGUUCAACAAACCCUCUCACGGGUCCGGGUAUAUUUGUUCAUCUCUCUCUCUCUCUCUCUCUCUCUUUCCUACUAGUAUUUCUUAUUUCUCUCUCCAUAUAUAAAACCAAAUUCUGUCGGACUUAUUUACCUCCACUUGAAAUUCCCAUUCUCCAUCUACUCUUAUCAAGUCUUUAUGGCGUUUGCUUAAACUACUUCCAACUGAAAAACAAAAAGAAUCCCAAUCUCCACACAAAAAUGAAAAUCUUCUUCACACUCUUCAUCUUCCUUUCUCUAUUCACAUUCUCAAAAUCAGAAUCCACUUGCAAAAACAACACAGAUUUAUCUCUUGUUUCCAAGGCCUUCAACUCUGUUUAUGGGUUCAACAUCACUUGGUUAAGCUCAAACUGUUCUUCUCCAAUAACUGAGAUAAAGUUAUCUUCAAGAAAUCUCACUGGCAGAGUCUCAUGGAAGUACUUAAGAAAUUUGUCUCAUCUUCAUACUGUAGAUCUCUCAAAUAAUUCCUUGAAGGGUCCUGUUCAUUCUUUAUUUUGGUCUAUCUCAUCUUUGGUUCAAGUCAACCUGUCAAAAAAUAAGCUAGGAGGAACAAUUGUGGUAACAAGGCCAUCAAAUAUUCAAGGACUUGAUCUUUCUUUCAACAGGUUCACCAAAUUAGGCUCUGCUUUUUAUGUGCCUAAUCUUACUUCUCUUGACCUUUCACAUAAUGAUCUCAAGAUUUUGCCUUUUUGGUUUACCAACCUAACCAAGCUUGAAAUUUUGAGCAUUUCUAGCUGUAACAUUUAUGGCAAUCUACCACCCAUUUCACAUAUCAAGUCACUGAAACAUUUAGAUGUUUCUAUCAACCACAUGAAUGGUAAGUUUCCCAAUGAUUUCCCCCCUCUUUCUAGUCUUAAUUUCUUGAAUAUCUCAUUGAACAACUUCACUGGGCUAAUAACCAAAGAACAGUUAGCAAAAUUUGGUAACUCUUCUUUUAUUCAUGCUGGCCUUUUUCAAACCAAGAAUUCCUCACAAUUCCACAUUAAACACAAACCUACCAAACCAAUGAACCAAAACACCAAAACAAAAAAGCCCAAAUCAAGAAAGAAAGUUCUAAUCAUAGCCAUUUCAUCUGCUUCUACAUUUCUAAUCUUGGCUAUAGGGUCAAUCAUUUUGUGCCUAUACAAGAAAAGAAAACAAGUUGCUAGGAAGAACAAAUGGCUAAUAUCAAAACCAAUUCAAAUACCAUUCAGAAUGGACAAAUCAGGACCAUUUUCAUUUGAGACAGAAUCAGGAAAUUUAUGGGUUGCUGAUAUAAAAGAACCAAGUUCAGCACCAGUAGUAAUGUUUGAAAAACCAUUGAUGAACUUGACUUUCAAGGACCUCAUAGCAGCAACAUCACACUUUGGGAAAGAGUCAUUGUUAGCUGAAGGGAGGUGUGGGCCCGUAUACAGAGCUGUACUUCCAGGUGACCUCCACGUGGCAAUCAAAGUAUUGGAACAUGCUAGGGAAAUAGGCCAUGAUGAUGCUAUUGCAUUGUUUGAAGAACUCUCCAGGCUUAAGCACCCUAAUCUGUUGCCUAUCUCUGGUUUCUGCAUUGCAGGUAAAGAGAAGUUAGUGUUGUACGAGUUUAUGGCCAAUGGUGACCUCCACCGAUGGCUACACGAGCUUCCAACUGCUGCCACUAACGUGGAAGAUUGGACAACUGACACGUGGGAGCUACAAAAUGGGUCCCAAAUAACAUCACCGGGUAAAAUGGAAUGGCACACGCGCCACCGCAUUGCGGUUGGCGUAGCGCGUGGACUAGCCUACCUCCACCACGCGCAGUCAAAGACGGUGGUUCACGGUCAUUUGGUACUAUCAAAUAUUUUACUAGCCGAUGACUUUGAGCCUCGAAUAGCCGAUUUUGGAUUGAGCCAGAACCGAACCGAUGGGUCCAACGAGAUGGAUGUGUACGAUUUUGGAGUCGUAUUGGUGGAGCUACUGACAGGGAAAAUAGGUUCGGAUGACACGAUAAAAUGGAUGAGGAGGCUAGUGAAGGAUGGACACGGAGCCGAUGCGCUUGACUCGAGGCUAAGACUCGGUGGUGACUCGGUGAGUGAGAUGGUUGAGUGCCUCCGAGUCGGGUACUUGUGUACGGCGGAGAAUCCUAGCAAACGGCCUAGAAUGCAACAAGUAUUGGGUUUGCUAAAAGACAUACAUCCUCACUAAUUCGGAACUCAUCUGAGUUAACUCGUUACGACUCGGUAUACGCAAUCUCUAAGAAAACCACUCUCACUGCAGCGCGUGGUUGGCACGAAGAGAAAGACUGGCUGGCAGCAUUGAAUUAUUGUACUCCCAUGUGUUUGAUUGACCAAUGAGAAGUCAACAGUACAAGCCACCUCUCCACUAAGGUUUCCACGUCAUCAAUGGCAUUAAUUCACGUGCGGAUCACGUGUUUUUUUGUCAGGAAGAUGCCCUUCGAAGCGUUGUGAGAGGGACAUGUUUUGCUUGCUUGUCUCACUUUAUUCUCCUCUUUUUUU